UUCCUGACCUAGGGAUCAAACCCAGGUUUCCUGCAUUGCAGGCAGAUUCUUUACUGCCGAGCCAGCAGGGAAGACCAGGGCCGACAGGCUAUACAGAUGCCCGAGAACACCAUGCGGUGUUAGGGCACUGACCCCCAUACAGUCAGACAUCUGCAUGUGGCUGUCCAGUUGGCUUUCUGUAUUCAGUUUCACAUCCGUGAUUCAAACAUGGACCAUGUUGCAGAGUACAUAUUUAGUGAAAAAUUGUUUAUAAAUGCAGUUCACACGCAAGUUCAAGGGUUAACUUUUGAAGGUGAUGGCCUGGGGGUGGUUGGUGGUCUUCAGCUGGGUCCUCUGAAUCAAGGAGAAGCCUCAGGAGAGAUGGGGGUGAAUCUUGAAACCAGCUUCUUGAGUCUUCAUCUGUCCCUUCGCUAGGAUUGACACACCUCUCGUGCGUUUGGGGAGUGGAGAAGCUUGGUGAACCCCUCGUGGUUUAAACCAACGUUUACCAAAUGUAUUUGCUCUGAAUUCUGUCCAGCACCAGGCACUAAGGCAGCAAAGCAGAAUGAGAAGUGAUUUUGGAAAAUCCAAAGUUGGGGUUGGAAUUCCUCUGCCUAGCCUACGGCAGAGUCCCCCAUCUUCAGCUGCUGGGAGAGCCUGGAACCCUGGAGCCAUGGGGCAGCCCAUGCUGAGGGGUCCCUCCAUACCGGCCUGGCUGCCUCCUGGCUAGGGCCUGGGCCUCUUCUGGCCAGUCUGCUCUCAGUGGGGUGGGGUCAAGCUGCAGGGGCUGGCUGUGUGCUGGAGGCCGAGUGAGCUGCCUGCUAAUGGGGCUGGGCCACCCUGCGCUGCUCCCUGAAGGCUGGACAAGGCUAGGAUUGUUUCCCCGCUUCCUUUGUCUCCCACACCCCGCCCAGGCCUGGCCCGCCUGCCUGCCACUCCUCUCCCUCCCGUUGGCCUGGCUGGCAAGAGCCAGGGACUCCGCCCGUGGAGCCCGGGGCCUGCCGACCCUCUGACUUGGGAGCUCCCGUCAAGCUCUGGGUCAACGUGGAGGUGCCGGGCCACCAUGCUCAGUCUCAAGCUGCCCCAACUCCUUCGAGUCCACCAGGUCCCCAGGGUGUUCUGGGAAGAUGGUAUCAUGUCUGGCUACCGCCGCCCCACCAGCUCGGCCUUGGACUGUGUCCUCAGCUCUUUCCAGAUGACCAACGAGACCGUCAACAUCUGGACUCACUUCCUGCCCACCUGGUACUUCCUGUGGCGCCUCCUGGCGCUGGCGGGAGGCCUGGGCUUCCGGUCGGAGCCCUACCACUGGCCGCUGCUCGUCUUCCUGCUGCCCGCCUGCCUCUACCCGUUUGCAUCGUGCUGCGCGCACACCUUCAGCUCCAUGUCGCCCCGCGUGCGUCACAUCUGCUACUUCCUGGAUUACGGUGCGCUCAGCCUCUACAGCCUGGGCUGCGCCUUCCCCUAUGCCGCCUACUCCAUGCCGGCCUCCUGGCUGCACAGCCACCUGCACCAGCUCUUUGUGCCCGCCGCCGCACUCAAUUCUUUCCUGUGUACCGGCCUCUCCUGCUACUCCCGGUUCCCAGAGCUAGAAAGCCCUGGGCUCAGUAAGAUCCUCCGCUCGGCCGCCUUCGUCUAUCCCUUUCUGUUCGACAACCUCCCACUUUUCUAUCGGCUGGGACUGUGCUGGGGCAGGGGCCACAGCUGUGGGCAGGAGGCGCUGAGCACCAGCCACGGCUACCACCUCUUCUGUGCGCUGCUCACUGGCUUCCUCUUCGCCUCCCAUUUGCCUGAGCGGCUGGCACCAGGACGCUUUGAUUACAUCGGCCACAGCCACCAGCUAUUCCACAUCUGUGCAGUGCUGGGCACGCACUUCCAGCUGGAGGCGGUGCUGACUGAUAUGGGAUCUCGCCGAGCCUGGCUGGCCACGCAGGAACCGCCCCUGGGCCUGGCAGGCACGGUGGCCACUCUGGGCUUGGCAGUGGCCGGGAACUUGCUCAUCAUUGCCGCUUUCACAGCUUCCCUAUUUCGGGCCCCCAGUACAUGCCCCCUGCUGCAAGGUAGCUCACCGGAGUGGGGUACAAAGGCCAAACUGCAAUGAGGUCCCAUCUCUGAGUUUGCCCUGGAAAGAGGCAGAGUCCAGGCAGGCCCUCAUAUAGGGGAGGAGCCCAGACCCAAGCCUGAUAAGAUGGGGGCACGUCUGAGCCUGGAAGCAAGAGUGACUGAGGACAGAGCGUGGAGGUGAGAAGGGAACUGGGAAGACAGAGGCGAGGAGAGGGCCUGGGAGGCUGGGAAAGAGCAGGAAGCUCAAGGAGGGGGCUCUUGAUGGGGUUGGGAAGUGCUGAGGGUCUGAGAGGGGAGAUGCGUGUGUCCAGGCUGGAGCUGCCCCACCUGCCAUCGAAGGCUGGGGUGGGAGGCACUGGGUCCUUUUAUCUGGUCCCAUUUCUGGUGCUCCUGGAAUUUCUGCGCAGCCCAGGGAAGAACUAACAUGGCUAACCCAGGCCCACCCUGAAUGCUUGUUAACCUGGCUGGGAGGCCCCCUCGUGCCCUACCCCCAAAGCAGGCAGCACUGGCCGCGGCAGUUCUUGGCCUGUGGCCGUGAGGGCAUCUGUCCUGGUCACAACCGUGGACUCCAUAUCCAGGCCUCUGGGAUCUGGUCUGUUUGGGUGUGUCAUGGAUGGGGCAGUGGGUUGAGUUGGGGGUGGGUGCUGGGCUAGAGAGGAGAACCCUAGCUAGACUUUAGGAAGCUACCUUCAAUGCUUCUGGAAUCAGGCAGGGAUAAAUAAAUACAUCAACAACAGAUUUUGGGAAA